AUGUCUUCAAAACACUUCUUCUCCGAUGCUUUCUCCCUGGUCAUCGAGGCCCUCCGCUCCCUGACCAUCACCAACCCAUCUCUCGCCUUUGACGAAGAGAACAAAAUCAUCUUCCGCCGUCCUGAAACCUACAACAAAUCCAAUGUCGCCGUCAUCAGCGGUGGUGGCUCCGGCCACGAACCUGCCUUUGCCGGUUACGUCGGAAAGGGGUUCUUGACUGCUGCUGUUGCUGGAACCAUCUUUGCGUCGCCUUCUGCGGAGCAGAUUAGCAGGUGUACCAUUGAGCGCCUUGACACCGAAAAGGGUGUUUUGAUUAUUCCCAUGAAUUAUACGGGAGAUGUGUUGCAUUUCGGCAUGGCUGCUGAAAAGACAAAGGCUGCUGGACGGCCGGCCGAGUUUUAUGCUAUUGGUGACGAUGUCGGUGUUGGACGUAAACGUGGUGGUAAGGUCGGUCGUCGUGGUCUUGCGGGUGGUAUUUUGGUCAUGAAGAUUGCCAGUGCUUUAGCAGAGACUGGCGCCUCGUUGGAAGAAGUAUACCGCAUUGCACAGCUUUCCGCCGAAAACACCGUAACCCUCGGUUCUUCCCUCGAGCACGUCCAUGUCCCCGGUCGUGAAGUCUCUAAUGAGUUCGUGCCCAACGAUGAAGUCGAAGUCGGCAUGGGUAUCCACAACGAGCCCGGCUCUCACCGCAUGAAAUCCGCCACUCUGCCCUCCUUGAUCAAAACCAUGCUCCUUCAACUCCUCGACCAGAACGACACAGACCGUGCUUGGGUGACCCGUCAAGCAGGCGACAAGUUCGUCUUGUUGAUCAACAACUUGGGUGGUGUCAGCACCCUUGAAUUGUCCGGUAUCACUGCCGAGGUCACCAAACAACUUGCUACUGAUUACGAUAUCAAGCCCGUCCGAACUCUGCAGGGAACAUACUUGACCAGUCUGAACGGCCUUGGUUUCAGUGUCUCGCUUUUGAAGCUUGUCGAUUCUGGCCUUGGUGCUGGCAGGUCUUUGCUUGAGCUUCUCGAUGCUCCUACCGAGGCUGUUGGCUGGGCCGCUCCUAUCCAACCCUCAACCUGGGAGAAGCACGCUGCCGACGCACCCGUCGAAUUCAAGAAGGCUGACUUGGCUCAAGAUCAGCCCAGUAACCUCAAAGUUGACCCCGCCACUCUCAAGAAAGCCCUCACAUCCGGCCUCAAACGCAUGAUCGCCGCUGAGCCCGAAGUAACACGCUAUGACACCGUCAUUGGCGACGGCGACUGCGGCACGGGUCUCAAGCGCGGCGCAGAAUCCAUCCUGAAAGUCCUCGAAGGUGAGAUCACCGACGACAUCGUCCUCACAGUCGACAAGUUCGUCGACGCCGUCGAAGCUACCAUGGAUGGAACCUCAGGUGCCAUCUACGCCAUCUUUUUGAAUUCGCUUGUCCACGGUCUCCGCGCUCAGGACUCCGGGUCUGCGACACAGGUCGAUGCCAAGCUCUGGGGUCAAGCCCUCAAGUCUGCCGUCACCUCUCUAUCCAAAUAUACCCCUGCACAGGUCGGUGACCGUACGUUGAUUGACGCCCUUGUGCCAUUCUGCGAUACUUUGACCAGCACCGCGGAUAUCAAGGCUGCUGCGAAAGCGGCUCGGGACGGUACCGAGGCUACCAAGCACCUCAAGGCUAGCCUUGGUCGAUCCGUGUAUGUGGGUAGUGAAGAGGAGUGGUUGGGCAAGAUUCCGGACCCCGGUGCUUAUGGGUUGUCCGAGUUCCUUACUGGUCUUGCUGAGGGGUUAUAA